AUGGUAUUUGCAGGUGGAAGUGAUCAAGGAAAUAAAUUUAAUCAACUUAAUGAACCUCGUAAUAUCUUUAUUGAUAAAGAUUGUUCUCUUUAUGUAUCAGAUGAAAAGAAUCAUCGUGUAAUGAAAUGGAAAAAAGAUGCAAAAGUAGGUGAAAUUGUUGUUGGUGGAAAUGGUUUUGGAACUCAAUCAAAUCAAUUAAAUUCUCCCAUAGGUUUAUCAUUUAAUAAUGAAGAAAAUCUUUAUGUUGUUAAUAAUGGAAAUGAUCGAAUCGAAAAAUAUGAAAAAAUUUGA